AGUUCUCGCGAGAUUUGGACUGGACUGAACGCCACGUCGGUUAGAUAGAAAAGCAGAGAGCAGCUGAUGACUUGCAGCCUCUGAGGAAACAGUUUAAAUUAUAUUCAUUCAGAAGUAUAGAUUUAUAGGCGCUGCACGCUUCACGCAGGCGGUGAGAUGAGGGCCCUAUGUGUGCUGCUGCUGGUGUUUGGUUUAGCAGUGCUGUCAUGUGAGCACGGGCACCACCACGGGCACCACCAUGACCACCACCACGGGCACCACCAUGGGCACCACCACGGACACCACCACGGGCACCACCACGGGCACCACCACGGGCACCACCACGGGCAUCAUCAUGACGACGUAAAGCUGUUUCAUGGUGCAAGCAAAUGGAGUGCUGAGGCCAAUCUGCCUCCUGAGGAGGAGCUUCUGCAUGACCACGGGCAUGAUGAUGGCCAUGACCACGGGCAUGAUGAUGGCCAUGACCACGGGCAUGAUGAUCAUGGACAUGACCACGACCAAGACCACGGGCAUGCCCACGAUCACGGACAUGACCACGGGCAUGCCCACGAUCACGGACAUGACCACGGGCACGCCCACGAUCACGGACAAGACCACGGGCACGCCCACGAUCAUGGACAUGACCGUGGGCACACCCACAAUCAUGGACAUGCCCACGGGCACACCCACAAACCCAUGCACAGCCCUGGCAAAGAACGCAUGAAGCACGAGUCGCAGGCUGAGAGCCGGGACUCAGUACAGUUGUGGAUGCAGGCAGUGGGAGCGACGUUGCUGAUCAGUGCUGCGCCCUUCCUCAUCCUCUUCCUCAUCCCAGUGCAGUCGAACUCGGAUCAGCACCAGAACCUACUGAAGAUCCUGCUGAGCUUUGCUUCGGGAGGGCUGCUGGGGGACGCCUUCUUGCACCUCAUUCCUCACGCGCUGGCGCCUCACUCUCACCAUGGAAACGAGGGCCAAUCAGCUGCCGCCGAGGAGUCACAUGGCCAUUCUCAUGGUGUGGCACACGAUCACAUGAUGUCUGUGGGUCUGUGGGUUCUUGGCGGCAUCGUGGCGUUCCUGGUGGUGGAGAAGUUUGUGCGUCUGCUAAAGGGAGGACACUCUCAUUCGCACUCGCACGCUCACUCGCACGCUGCUCCGAAAUGUAAGGACAGCGACGGGGAGGAGGAGGAGAAGAAGAAGGAAGGAGGGAAGAAAGAUCAGAAAAAGGACAAGAAGGUGAAGAAAGUGAAAGAAGAGAGCUCGGACAUUAAAGUAUCGGGUUACCUGAACCUGGCCGCUGAUUUCACCCACAACUUCACGGACGGUCUGGCCAUCGGUGCCUCAUUCCUGGUCAGUCCUGCCGUUGGCGUGGUAACCACCAUCACCAUCCUCCUGCAUGAGGUGCCACAUGAGAUCGGAGACUUCGCCAUCCUCGUCCAGUCAGGAUGCACCAAGAAGAAGGCCAUGUGUCUCCAGCUCCUCACCGCCAUCGGCGCGUUAGCCGGCACCGCCUGCUCCCUAUUGGCCGAGGGCGUGGGUGCGGCCGCCACCGCCUGGAUCCUGCCCUUCACGGCCGGCGGCUUCGUUUACAUCGCCACGGUGACAGUGCUGCCGGAGCUGUUGAGUGGCCGCUCGAGCGCGGGUCAGUCGGUGAUGGAGGUCGCUGCCAUGCUGUUCGGCGUCGGGAUGAUGGUCAUCAUCGCCGAGUACGAGUGAGACGCAGCGAGAGACUGAAUUCUUUCAAGACUCAGGGGAAGAUAAAUAGAUGUGUAAAUGUGUCCAUGAUGAUUACAGCUGAGAGUGAGAGUGAGUGAGUGAGUGAGCGAGCGAAUGAGAAUUGGAGGCUUUUGUAAGAGAAGUGCACUAAAAGACCGAGCCCUUUCACGUCCCGAACGCACCGACAGCACUGGACAUCAUAACGUCCUCCCGAUCGAGGGACCCAUUUACUGUCAUCUGAAACCACACACACAUUUGCAGUUGCUUUUUUUGAUUAAUAUCCAAAUAAUGCACAAUUUAAAGUUGUUGUUUUUUUUGACAGCAAUGUUCUGUGUUGCUUUCUGAAAAGUGGAAAGUCUUGCUGGCUCGUAUUAACCAUAGAUGUCCAUAUUAGUGCCCUAGAUAGGCGACAAAGUGCGCACUACCGCAACCAUGUAAGUGUAACGUACAAAUUUGCUUUGAUUUACAUCGUUUUCCAAAAGCAGGUCUUUUUUUAAUAAAGAUUUUUGUUUUCUUUUUCUGAUUUUUAAUUUUUUUUAACUUGUAAACCCCGGGGGCCUGGGCUACUGAUCCUUGUUCAACAGUGACUUUCCACCAAAUUAACUUUAUCGAGUCUAAUCUAGGAAAAUAAUGUAUGUAAAGUUUCUUUCAUGUAACGUUAAGAAGUGUAACAUCUGGGACUCGGAGAUAACAUACCUGCAUGUGAAGCAUCUCCUUCAUGUUAAUCUGGUGUUUUGUGCUGGAAAACAUAUCCACAAUUUUAGCUUCGAGUCACUGAGUAGAAUGAGCUCUCUAGGUGUCUAAUAUGGAUAUUUAUCACGUCCAGCUGUUCAUUCUGGAGUAUUUGGGUUAUGCGUGUUGUCCGGAUCAAGCCAGCAGAUGCAGUAAGACUUAACGAGCAUGUUGUAACAGGAGUCUACAUCAGCACUUUGACUGGAGAAAGUCUGGCGUUAUAGUUUACAAACUUUUUCCACUUUUAGAGCUGGAAUGCGUUAGUGAUGCUCACAGGAAGGCACGCGCUUUAUUUUUUUUCAGCCACUUUGAUGUCCGUGUCACUUCCUCUUUUUGUAAAAGUCCUUCGCAGUACCUGAACCGUCUGUUGUGUUUUCACGCAUGUGCCGAGAAUCAAUUCUAAACCGUUUAACAAUAUUCAUAUAUGGUUAUUGUGGACGCUUAAAUAUUGGCACCUUCUCUCUUUUUCUGUUUGUGUGGAUGCGUAAUCAUGACGAUAACUGUCGAAGCCUUUAUUCUGGUUGACAAAACUGUCACAAGACUGUAUUUAACUACACUACUUUAGAGAUUGUAUUUUAGCCAACUGAGCUUUCGCUAACUGAGCUAGCAUGUUCCAUAUGCUACCCGUUAUGUUGGCUAGCUAACUGACGAAGUGUCCACGAUAUCAUAAAUCGUAGAGUUUAUAUUCGGCACAUGCCUACAUGUAGUCUGUUGUCUUAUUUUUAUUACUUUGUUGAGUUUUAUUUGUGCUUGACUGUAGUUUCAUUCUGUCACAAAUGUCUCCAAGUCAUUCCCUCCAUGUUUCUGUUUUUUUAUCGCUAUAUAAAGUGAACGUAGAGAACA